GGCUGGGAAGGACACGGCUUUUCUUGUUACUACUAUGCAAACACUGCUUCGUCUUCCUGGCUGAGUGCACGAGACGCGUGUCUUAAGAUGGGAGCACAUCUUGUGAAAAUUGAUAAUGCAAGGGAGAUGGCCUUUAUUCAAAAAAAACUUACGGAGUCUUCUUGGCUUGGCCUCAAUGACCGUGGGAUCCAGGACCAUUGGGUAUGGCAAGACCAGGAGUCGGCAAUGUACACUAACUGGGCCCUAGGAAAACCAGAGCAUUCCGGGGAAACAUUUGGCAAGCACUGCGCCGUUGUACUGACCGGUGAUGCCAAGGGUUUGUGGUCCAACGUGGAGUGCAGUCAAGAGAGGGCAUACAUAUGUGAGAAAAAGACAGGGCUUGCAACAACUCCAGGAGGCACAUCUCUUAUUCCUUUAGCUUCUAUCAAGUGCGGCUUAUUUUGGGAAGACGAUCCCCUUAGUGACUUUUGUUACCAAUUUAACACAAACACGUUGUCUUGGUCCGAGGCCCUGCUCCAGUGUCAACAUAAUGGUGGAGAACUGGCCAGUGUGGCAAGCCUGGAGGAGCAACAAUAUGUAGCUGGCCGUGCACACACCAUCCCAGACAUGAGGUAUUUCUGGCUUGGUGCCAGCGCUCUGGGAGAGGAGGACGGUUGGAUUUGGAGUGACGGAAAUCCAUUUGCCUUUCUCAACUGGGGUGCAGAUAUGAUAGAAUCUCGAUCAAAUGCAAGGUGUAUGGAAAUGGAUGCGUUAAGUGGAUCUUGGUUGAAGGAAGAAUGUCAGAACAGGCGUGGAUACGUGUGCAAGAAGAAAGGGAACGUUUCCAAAGCUACGCCUAUUCCCGUGAAUACAACAACAACCCCAACGACUCCAGGUUACCCAUCAUGUAGUGGAGAUUGGGCCCGCUUUGGUCGGCAUUGUUAUAAAACAUUUGAAGAUCAGAGAACGUGGACUUCUGCAAAGAACACUUGCAGACGACAGGGCGGGGAUCUGGUAUCAAUUUUGAAUGAGGAUGAGAACAAUUUUGUAUCUGGCUUUGCUGGUGGGGCACAUGUCAACCCUGUGGAGGUCUGGACAGGCCUGAACGACCGCCGGAUAGUCAACCAAUUUGAGUGGACAGACGACAGUACCGUGACCUUCACCCGCUGGCAGUCACGUGAACCGAACAACCAUCUAGGGAAGGAACUGUGCGUCAGUCUGUAUACAACAGGGACUAACACAGGGAAAUGGCAAGAUGCUGAUUGUGCUCAAUUACUGCCUUAUAUCUGUAAGAAGCCGGCUACUAUAAUUACGUCAAUGGACAAAGUGCCUCCUGUUUGGCAAAGGGGGUGCUCUGAGUUGUUUCUCCGUAUACACAAGACAGGUGCCCUGGGAGUACACAAAUCAGAAUAUGAUGAGAACCUUACUGGAGCCAACAGAGGCUCUUGCUAUAUCGUCUCUGAGAAAGGUGCGAGUUGGUCUGAUGCCCGGCACACCUGCAACAGCACCGGUGGAACACUCCUGACGAUCAACGACCAGGUGGAGCAGGCUUACAUAUCUGCCAAGCUUAGCAGUAUGGUUGCUAAUAGCGAAUACUGGAUAGGCCUAAGUAAUGUAAAUGAUGGGAUCUACGUGUGGGAUUCGGAUACCCGUGUGUUAUUCACAAAUUGGGACAAAAAGCAUACAGGCAAUGACAUAGACAGGUGCGUGGCAAUUACCAAAAGUCCUCGCAACACAGGGGAAUGGUCUGGCCGAGCAUGCUCCGAGACCAUUCCUUUUAUCUGCGAGUAUAGCAGGGGCGACUAUGCCACCACGACGCCGGCGCCUACUACGCCGCCUCCAGCCAAGUGUCCAAACCAAUAUUCCUUCUCGGAGUAUGGUGAUUUCUGUUACAAGAUGGAGUAUCUUCAUGGUUUCAGAAAGCGCACGUGGUUCGAGGCAAUUGACCACUGCAAGAUGCUGGGAGGAGAGCUGGCAAGCUUCCACAGUGAGGCACAGUUGAAAGGGGCAAUCAGGACCCAAGCCGGUCGGCGGGAUCCGUAUUGGAUUGGACUCUCCAGACCAAGCAAGGACAGUGGCUAUACCUGGGUGGACAGGACAGCAGUGGACUUUGUGUAUUGGGCUGCUGGAGAACCCAAUGACCACAAUGGACAAGAGAGUUGCGUAGAACUUGACAGGUCAAGCGGCAGGUGGUACGAUUCGAACUGCUACGCAAGGAGAAGUAUUAUUUGCCAGUUUCGAAAAGGAGAUCCGAUAUACAACACGAAAUCAACGAUUAGACCAACGCCAGCACCACAGUGUGGUUCAGACGAAAAAUGGCGAGCUCACAAAGACCACUGUUAUUUCCUGAGCUCGGGUUAUGGUGUCUGGGACAAAACAUGGCAUGAUGCCAGGAAAUAUUGUAUGCAGAACGGAGGAAACCUUGCCAGCGUUCACGAUCUGGACGAAAAUAACUUUUUAAUGGGAGAGACAUCAAAGUGGUACCCAAGCGAAAAACUCUACUGGAUAGGACUGAAUGAGCUAGAUUUGGAAAGCUACAAGUGGUCGGACGGGACCCCUACAAACUUUAUUUCUUGGGAUGUGGGUGAACCUAAUGACUUUGAAGGUGGUGAAAAAUGUGUAUCAUACUAUGCACUCACAGGACAUUGGGUAGAUGAAAAUUGUGGACUAAGACACAAAUUCAUCUGCAAGAGGCACAAGGACAGCAGCACAACAGCUACCCCGACCCCCACAACCCCCAGGACGGGCACCUGUCCCCCAGGGUUUGAGGGGCCUAUUGGGAACAAGUGCUACUUUCUACAGGGGACCAUAGAAGAUUCGAAUACGCUAAAGAAUUGGUCAAAUGCGCUGUCCGCAUGCCCGAACAACGCCACUUUGGCCAGUGUGACAAACGCCAUGGAAGCGGCCUUUCUAGCUACGCUUUUGAAGGAUAAGUUCCCAGUAGAUUUCUGGAUUGGCCUGAAAAAAUACUCCUAUCAGAAAUAUAAGUGGAUCGAUAACUUUAACGUUGAGUUUGUGUACUGGGAUAAUGGGGAACCCAGAGGCUGGGAUGACUGUAUCAGUGUGUCGUCUGCUAGUCUGUCUGCGGGAGGGUGGCGAGUGCGGGAUUGCAACCUACGUCUGGGAUACGUCUGUCAGGCGUGGAUUGAUACGGUUUACCCAACGCCACUGCCCUCUCUGUCACCUUCACACUGCCCGCUAGGCUACAGCUCGUUUGGUGACGCCUGUUACCAGGUGACGUCACAUAUGACGUGGGAACAGGCCAAGGCCACAUGCGAGAGAAGACAAGACACUUUGGUAUCGGUCACUGAUGGGUUCGAACAAGCCUUUGUUGUGUUGCUAACACAGAAAGAACGGCCGGAGCCCAUUUGGUUAGGAUUAACUAGAAAGGGGGCCAUGUAUUACUGGCUAGACGGGUGGCCUGUAGAUUACAUCAACUGGGAAAGUUCUGAGCCCACGCGCGGUGACAUGGAAAGGUGUGUUGCCCUUAUGCCAAAUGGUCGCUGGAACGAUACAGACUGUAGUGCGGAAAUAAAAGCGGUGUGCAAGAGAACUACGGCCACGGCCCCUUCAACGGUAGUCAAUCCCCCUGGAACGUGUUUUGACGACAAGCACUGGUUUGGAUUUGGUGCCUACUGCUACUUGAUUGACGGGAAAAAGUUCGGAGGAUGGGCCACAGCGAAUUUCGACUGUUACAAACAUGGUGCCUCGCUGGCCUCAGUUGAAAGCCAGGCUGAGAUGGAUUUCCUUAUGAAAAUGAUCACGCAAGAACGAGCUAAUAGCCGUGACUUAUGGCUUGGGCUGUGGAGAAAGCCUGAUGGAUCUUUCGUCUGGCACGACAAAACACCGUUCAAUUACGCGAACUGGCUUGACGGAGAGCCGUCUACGGAGGCCCGUAAAGAGUGCGUACAAAUGAGUCCCGAGACAGGAAAGUGGAAAUGCCUCCUACGACCACCCCAGCUCCGGCUUGCAGGGACGGGUGGUACAUUAGAGAUUUUACAUGUUAUAAGAAUUGAUAUACAGGGUGCUUCCUAA